AAUGUCUCCUCCGCUUCUCAUGGUGCUGAGUCCCAGGACAUCCCCCCAGCCCAAGGAAAGAACACAUGCCCUGUGUGUGGGAGAACAUUCACUUAUAAAUCAAUCUUUGAUACGCACUGGAGAAUCCACACUGGUGAAAAACCAUUUAAGUGCUUGGAGUGUGGAAAGAGCUUCACGCAAAGCACCACCCUUACAUUACAUAUGAGAACACACACCGGUGAGAAGCCAUACAUUUGCCUGAAAUGCGGGAAGAAGUUUAGCCGUAGCUCAACCCUCUCAUCACAUAAAAGAAUUCACACUGGAGAAAAACCAUACAAAUGUUUAGACUGUGGGAAAAGCUUCCGAUGGUACACAUGCUUUACUUUACAUCAAAGAAACCAUUCGCACACAUGUUCUGAAGGUGGAAAGAGCAUCAACUGGAAGUGCAACUUUUCCCAAUCAAAAAUGCACCUAGGAGAAAAACCAUAUAAAUGUACAGAUUGCGGAAAGACUUUCAGAAAAAGAACAGAUCUGAAUUCCCAUCAAAGAAUUCACACUGGGGAAAAACCCUACAAAUGCUCAGAAUGUGGGAAAACUUUCAGAUGGAAUACUCAACUGAGCUUACAUCAAAGAAUGCACACAGGGGAAGAACCGUAUAAAUGCUCCCAGUGUGGAAAGAGCUUCAGUCGGAAUACGCACCUCAAUUCACAUCAAAGACUCCACACAGGGGAGAAACCGUAUAAAUGUCCCGAAUGCGGAAAAAGCUUUAGCUGGAGACGUAACCUGUUGUCCCAUCAAAAAAUCCACUUGGUAGAAAAACCAUAUAAAUGCUCAGAUUGUGAGAAGAGUUUUGGAAACAGAACAGAUCUUAAUUCCCAUCAAAGGAUUCACACAGGGGAGAAACCUUGUAAGUGCUCAGAGUGUGGAGAAACCUUCAGUUGGAGUACUCAGCUGUCUUCACAUCGAAGAACACACACCGGGGAGGAUCGGUUCAAAUGCUCCGAAUGUGGGAAAAGUUUCAGCCGGAGCACAAGCCUUUCUUCUCACCAAAGAAUCCACACAGGGGAGAAACCGUAUGAAUGCUUGCAGUGCGGGAAGAGCUUCAGUCGGAGCACGUAUCUCACCUCACACCAAAGGAUUCACACUGGAGAGAAACCUUACCAGUGCUCAGAAUGUGGAAGAGGUUUCAGCCAGAGCGCUCACCUUGCUUCCCAUCAGCGGAUCCAUACGGGGGAGAAACCGUUUCAGUGUUCCGAGUGCGGGAGGAGCUUCAGUCAAAGACGAAACCUUGCAUCCCAUCAGAAGAUCCAUUCAGGGGACAAACCAUAUCAAUGCCUGGAGUGUGGAAAGAGCUUCAUUCAGAGGAGAACCCUUAUUUCCCAUCAGAGAAUGCACACAGGGGAGGCUCCUGCAGAUCCUAAAAAUGCUCCCAGUAUACAGUGGACAGCAGAUGGAUCAUAA